CAGUCUCGUGCAGUUCUGCUCAGUCCUGCACGGACGCUGCACCCGGCGGCUGCAAGACACCAGAAACUUUUGUUUUUCUGUUUCUUUGUUGCAGAAGUGAAGAUGACUUAACUUCGAAAAGACUCUCUGCUGGCCAGGGAUUGGCUGAAGAGUGAGAACCCCGCCUCACUACUUCAGGGCUGCUCUGCAGAUGGGACGUUGUCCACCGGUCGUCUAUUUUGCCCAAAUGCACUAUCUGCCCUGCACCCAUAUCUAAGAUGGCUGUUCAUGGCCUUCUCCUGCACUGGAUCAGACUUGAGCAGAGCUGCGUGCUACCAUGGUGAUUAUUUUCUCGAAAACACUGGAAAAGAAGAAGGGUGUCAAUGAUGUAAGGUCCAAGAACAACGAGAGACUGCUGAGAGAGCUCCACACCAUGAGCAGAGGGACCACCCUCUUCUCCUGUGGAACUGUGGAGGCAGACAGGUGGCUGGACCUUGGGCGAGGCUGUGCCACCCAGCAGGGACCUCCUUGCCAGUCUGGAGCCAGUCUGGAGAGCCUGUGGGACGUGAUGCCUGUCAUCCAAGGUGCUUGUCAGCCAAGGUGCCGGCAUUGGAGCCAGGAGACAGGCAGCGCCACUGCUAUCACCAGCCUAAUUCGAGACCUCAGCCUUGGGGAAAGCAAAGUGGGCAGCCCCCACUCCCGCACCGCAUCCACCACUACAACCACCAACCACGCUCCCACAGCGCCCCCUAGCAAACGUCAGUGUCGGUCCUUGUCGUUCUCUGACGAGUUUGGCGUGUGCCGCUCAUCGUGGAGGCCCCAGGGUUCCCGUGUGUGGACGACGGUAGAGAAAAGGAGGUGCCACAGUGGAGGGAGUGUCCGAGCAGGUGGUGUGGGGUUUUCAGGUGGCCAUUUUCCCGCCAUGCAACGUAGCUCCAGCUUCAGCUUGCCCUCACGCUCCAGCAUCCCUGCAGAUGGAGCACUUGACCUGCCGUGCUUCACCCAACGACUGCCUCUCCACCCUCUGUUCACGGCUUCCCCCGUCUCCCCUACCUCUCCCUCCUCACAGCAUCACCACUUCCUCAGGCCCCUCUCCCUCUCCCAUGAGCAGAUCAGCCUGCCUGAGCUCCAGAGGGAGGAGGCAUCGGAGGCCAGCUCUCCAGACUCUACACCAGAACUGGGGAGGCGAGCUGGGCAGAGAGCCGGAGGUAAGGGGGGUCUGUCUCGGAGCAGAUCCCAGCCCUGUGUGCUGAAUGACAAGAAGAUUGGCAUGAAGCGUCGGAGACCAGAGGACACCCAGGAGCAACGACCCUCCUUGGACCUGGCCAAGAUGACUCAGAAGCUUCAGACUUUUCAGAGCUUGAGCUGCCCUGGUAUCUCCAUCGCUGACACCUGCCAAUCAAGCUUGCCCCCUCUGUCCUCCAGGACUCCCACCCAACCAGAUUUAGACAUCACGGCUGUGUCUGAUGUAGGAUUGGCGUCUCGGCAGGAAGUGACCAGGGACGACGAGGAAGAGGAUUCCUCCUACGAGGAACUGGACAGUGACUCAGCAUGUAGCGUGGACUCCAGGCCCGGGUCUCCCGUAGGCGUCAUGGGCGGCAAACGCACCCUCUGGAAGGGUGACUGUGGAACGCAGCGAGACAUUUUCCAGCUGGGGGGAGAGCUGGACCUUGACCAGAUUGAGAGAAAUUGAACAUUUUGUAGGAGGUUUAAGAGCCUAAGUCUGGACCGCUCUAGAAUGUUACUGGAUGUUGAGAAACGUCUUUUGAUGAUGUCCGAGAAGAUGACUAUGGGCUAUUAAGAUGGGCUAUUAAGAAAAGGAUAGCACAGAAUGGAGAAGUAUUUUGGGAUCUUUGAAAGGGAAAGUUGUUGGAAAGAUAUGAGGAAAGUGAUAUAGAUGAUAAAGGAGUAUGUAUGUUGGACACUGAAUUAGGAUGUGUGACCCUAACAGCUGGCUUCCUUGGUUAACUUCUUAAUGACACACUUUGCCUUGAACAUUCUCACUGAAUCAAAGAGCAGUGGCCUUAGUUGUCUUUCAUCUGGUAUGUGGCUUAACUCAGGAUUGGGAAAGAGAGGGAUAGUCUUAAGAAAACCUCCCCAACCCCCUCUGUCUUUUCAGCCUGAAGACCUUUCCAAAGUCAGCUAACCAUAAGUUUGUAGUACUGUAGCAGUAGCUGGGCUCUCCUGUUUUUAGCUCGAGUGUGUUUUUACAAGAAAGAGGGGGCAUGAAGGACGGGGUGAAACAGGGAGGGGUAAACGACAGGAAAGAGUAGCUUCUCACAGACUUACCCUUGACCUUUCUCUUCAUCUUGUGUGUGCACAAGAAGAUCAGAAUUUGCUGAAUGUAAAUAAGCUUUAAGAGGAGUUCGGAAAACAACAGACAGUGUGUUCUGUUGGCUACUUUCUCUCCCGUUUCACCUCAGAAAUCUAGCCUUGACCGAAGCCACCUUUUCUGACCUUUUUGUAGUUUCUUAAUAUGCAAAAUGUAUAUUUGAAUAAAACACUGAAUCUCAAGUUUUCAGUUCUAAUAUCAAUGUAUAUUUUUCUAAGUGUUUGUUUUUUUAUGACCUGUUUGUGAAGGAGCAAGAAUACAAGGCCUUUCUUUUAACAGAAUGGACAUGAAAUAAAUUUGCAAGCUGCA